UAAUCAGUACCAUGGCAUUCAAGUUCAUCGCACUCGCCGCCUUCUUGGCAUCAGCCCAAGCCGGCUUCAUUGGAGGACACCACUCCCCAUUGGCUGUUCCAUUAGCCUACGCGAGCGCACCAGUUGCUCAGGCAGUGAUCACCAAGACAGUGGACGCUGAAUACGAUCCUCAUCCUCAGUACAGCUACGCUUACGAUGUUCAGGAUUCUCUGACAGGCGACUCCAAAUCCCAACACGAAACUCGCGACGGAGAUGUUGUGAAGGGAAGCUACUCUCUCUUGGAGGCCGAUGGCACCAAGAGAGUCGUAGACUACGUGGCUGACCCCAUCAACGGAUUCAACGCCGUUGUCAGGAAGGAGCCAACUCUCGCCGUCAAAACUGUCCACGCCGUCCCAGUCGUCCACUCUGCUCCAGUCGUCCAAGCUCAAACCUACGUGAAACCAGUUGUGCAAGCCGCCGUCGUCAAGACCGUCCUCCCCGCUGAAACCACCAUCUCCAAGUACUCCACUGGCUUCACCCAUCAUGCUCCAGUUGCUCACACUGUCGCUGAAUAUGCACCAGUAGCUCACACUUACGCCGCAUACUCUGCACCAGUAGCUCAAACUUAUGCCGCAUACUCUGCUCCAGUUCAAGCUCAUUACGGAGCUCCAGUUGCUGCCGCAUGGUGA